CUGUACAAUUUUCGUUUACAGUCGGUGUUGUUCAACAGUUGAUUUGUGUCUGCGGCCAACUUCACGCCUUUCUCUUUCGUCUUCGUCAAAAUGGCAAGUCGCGGUAAUCGUCAUGUUCGUACUGAGGAAUCAGAAAAUACGAUAAAUUAUGUACAAUGCGACGGUCUGGCCGUCAUGAAAAUGGUGAAGCAUUGCCAUGAGGAGUCCAGCAACAUGGACUUGGCUCAGGGUGCACUGCUUGGCCUGGUGGUGGACAAGUGCCUGGAAAUCACCAACUGUUUUCCAUUCCCGAAGAGCGGCGACGAAACCAUGGAUGAGGAAAUGUACCAGCUGACGGUGAUGCGUCGCCUUCGUCGCGUCAAUGUGGAUCACUUGCAUGUGGGUUGGUACCAGAGCUCCGAUGUGGGCAACAGCCUGUCGCUGGCGUUGCUCGAGUCGCAGUAUCACUACCAGACCAGCAUUGAAGAGUCUGUCGUGGUGGUCUAUGACACGCAAAAGUCUUCACGCGGCUUCCUCUGCCUGAAGGCUUAUCGCCUGACCCCACAGGCAAUACAGAUGUACAAGGAUGGCGAUUUUACGCCCGACGCCUUCCGUACUCUUAAGGUUGGCUAUGAGAGUCUAUUUGCCGAGAUACCAAUUGUUAUCAAGAACUCGCCACUGACCAACAUAAUGAUGAGCGAGCUAAAUGAAUUGCUGCCCGAGGAUAAGGGACACAACUUCCUAGAUCUGGGCACAGCUUCCGUCUUGGAGAAUCACAUGCGCAGUCUGAUUGAGCGUGUGGAUGAGCUUUACCAGGAGGCAGUGCGCUAUAACAAGUACCAGCAAGUGGUCUUCAAGCAGGAUACGGAGAAACAUCGCGCUUUGGCCAAGCUGGCUGCUGAGAAUGCUAUGCGUACCUCCAAGGGUGAGCCAACUGUGGCCGAGGAGGAGGUCAUUAAACAAUUCCGGCCCAUGCCAGUGCCACCCAGGCUUACUGCCACCAUUACCUCUGGACAAAUCAACACGCAUGCCCAGCACAUUGCACAAUUCUGUUCCCAAUCGCUGGCUAAACUUUUUAUUACCGAAUCACUGCAAAACGCCAAGGAGUCAAAAGAAAUCAAGUAGUUUAGUUUAUGUUUACAAAAUUUUUGUCAGCAAGUUUAAUAAAAACCAAACCUCACAUUUGUAGCUGUGUGUAAGCAUGCACAAGCUACAGCUGGACGAA